AUGAGCAAUCUAUUUAGCAGCGGCCUAGAAUUGGCAAAUGUGCUGUUGACCUCUGAACCCCUACACCAGUCGUGGGAUGCAAUUCAGAAUGAUAAGCAGAAGGUCAAUCCAAAUGCACAACCAACCUUACACAUUAAUACAACCCAACAAGCAAAUCUUACCAUCAUAACUUUUCUUACUUCACCCAUGUCUUUGAGAGGACAAGAAGGCUUGAUUUUGUCAUCAACUUUUAAAGAAAAAGAUCUCCCUGACUUUGACUUUUUGUGCGAAAGCAACCCAAGUUUCUCCAUCAAUGAAGCUGCAAUCAAGCUCUUUGCCUCUCGUUUUGACGAGCUCUGUCUUCUGAAAACUGAGAUUAGCAGAUCAAAUUCAUUAGUAAUUAUCACUGGACACUCUAUGGGAGGCUGUGUGGCUACGCUCUUCACCUUAUGGCUGCUAGAAAGCCUCAACUUAUUAAAAGCCAACCGCCCCCUUUGCAUUACUUUCGGUUCACCCCUUAUUGGUGACGAAAACCUCCGAAAAUGUGUUUCACAAUUCCCAGCAUGGACUUCUUGCUUCUUGCAUGUAGCCUCUAUCCAAGAUCCUGUACCUAAACUCUUCCUAUCCCCAAAUCCAACUGCUCUUGGAACCGGUACUAAAGCUGGUUCUUAUAAGCCUUUUGGAACAUUCCUGUUGUGCUCUGAUUCUGGUUGUGCUUGCUUUGAGGACCCAGAUUUGAUUUUGGUGUUGGUGGCAGCCAACUCUCAGGGUGAUCAGACCCAAUAUCCUAAUGUGGGGAUUCAGUUUUUUGAUUAUGGACAGCUCUUGGAACGUCUCAAGCACAAGGCAUUUUGUAAAGAUGUCUUUGAGUUGGCUGAAAGCGAUAGAGUUCCACUUAAAGCUAGCAUUAUCACACAACUGACAGCAAUAUUUGGAGUUCCCCAAUCACAGGCCUUGCAACAGCAACAACCCAACAUAAAUAUUCUGAAAAAGAUGAUGGAAACACAUGAAUAUAAAUUAGCAAUACAGAAGACGAAGAUUUCCAAUGGCGCCAAGAAAUUGAAUGAUAUGAAAGUGAACAUGGUCUACCUUGAGUGGUACAAGAAGGACUCAAAAGGUAGGGAAAUUGGAUACUAUGACAUGUACAAAAACAAGAGGAACAGGAGUGACUUCAACGUCCAAGAGUUUAAGAAGAAGCUGUCGAAUUACUGGCAGGACGCGGUUGAAGAAGUAGAGAAUAAGCCCCAGAAAGAAGGAGCUGCCUUCCGAACUCGUUGGCUUUUGGGAGGUACAACCUACAGAAGGAUGAUGGAACCACUUCACAUUGCAGAGUACUACAAGGACAAUGAUGGGAAAAACUACAUAGAGAAAAGGCCUAGGCAUUUCAUUCUGUUGGAGAAAUGGCUCAAGGAAGAGGAGGAAGGGAAGGUAGCAGAGAGAAUUAGAAGAGGGGAGACAGUCGAAGACGGUCCAAGCAAGUCAAAAGCACAGAACGUGGCUUCUAGUCUGACUGAUGAUUCUUGUUUUUGGGCACAUGUUGAGGAGGCUCUUAUCUUAUGCAAUCAGCUGGAGAAGGGACAACCGAGUUUUCAAGAAAAGGAACAAUGCAAGCAAAAGUUGAGAGAAUUUGAGGAGUAUGUGUUGGAUGCCCUCAAGAAUUUUGCAGUAACGCCUGAUAUUUUCUUGAAGUAUAGCAGCUUUAUGGCAUGGUGGAAGCAGUAUAAUAAAAUUGUGGGAAGCUCAACCCUGCUGGCUCGUAUCAUGAUGGAUGGCACGUACCGCGAUUAUGAGAAAGGGGUGAAGGUGGUUUUCUGA